AGAGAAAGAGAGAGGGAGAGAAAGAGAGAGGCAAGCAGAGGGCGCCACGUGCGGUAAUGGUCUGUCUUUGACCAUCUCUAGUCGUCUGCUGUCGUACGUGUCUGUGUGUGUGUGUCUCUUGUGGAAUACGCCCUUCGAGAAUCAUCUGUUGAAGAAAAGCAUGGGUGGGCCAUCCAGCGCGGGCGAAGAGGGCGGGAACGGCGAGUGCGCUUCCUGUGGGCGGCCGGCGGAGACCAAGUGCACGGGGUGCCGAAAUGUUUACUACUGCGGGCGUGAGUGCCAGAAGAAGGGCUGGCCCAAUCACAAGGACGUCUGCAGACCGUUCACUAUCAGCAAGAACCAGAAGUGCGGGAGGCACCUCGUGGCGUCACGGGACUUGGAGGUCGACGACCUCAUCAUCACGGAGGCGCCCUUGGUCCUCGGCCCGAAGCAGGACACAGAACCCGUUUGCCUGGGAUGCUACAAGAGGAUCUCAGGGAAUUACAGAUGUUCCCGCUGUACGUGGCCCAUGUGUGGGCCGAAAUGUGAAUCUUCCCCAGAACAUCAGCCCGAAUGUGAUGUGACGAGGGCUGCCAGUCUGAACAUCCCUCUGGAUGAUGUGGAUUCCCCAAAUCACCUUUACGAGGUUAUCACUGUUCUCAGGUGUCUCGUGUUGGCUGGAAAGGAACCAAAGCGCUGGAAGUCCGCUACUGAGAGGCUGAACAAUCGUUACAUGAUGACAGCUGGGAUGCCACAGUACUACCACAACGAGGAACACGUCGUUCAGGUGCUCAAGCACAAGUUCAAACUGGAGGAAUACCCCGACAUUGAUGCGUCAGAGGCAUCGAUACAGAAUGCCCUCGGUUUAUUGCAAUUCAACAAUGUGCCUACAAAGACAGCCUAUGCAGAAGUGCAAGCAAUAUACCCCAUGGCUUCUCUGGCAAGUCACUCCUGUGUUCCAAACACCAAGCCCAUUUUCAAGGACGGCAAGCUAACGCUGCAGGCAUCAGACCCCAUCAAACGGGGAGAACCCAUAACGUCCAUUUACGCCGACAUCCUCUGGGGCACGAGGGCACGCAGGGACUACCUAUGGCAGACGAGACUCUUCUGCUGCACCUGUAGGCGCUGCCGCGACCCCACAGAACUCAACACCUACUUCUCUGCUCUCAUUUGCCGGAAGUGCUCCAAAAUAAUGCUGCCAAUUGACCCACUGUCUGAAUAUGCCCCUUGGACUUGUGCGGAAUGUUCAAAUGAGAUGAGUAUAGAAGAAGCACUGCGGACAACCCUAUCCCUAGGUGCAGCCGUCGAGAUAGCCCUCACCACCCCUACAAUAGAGACGUUAGAAGCCCUUCAGAGCGAGUGGCUACCGAGAGUUCAUCCUAACCACUACCAUCUCCACGCAGUGAAACACUCGCUCCUCCAGCUCUACGGCCGCUCCAAGGAGAAAGCCGACCAGGAGGAGAAAGACGCGGCCCACUGGAUUGAGAUCGCCAAGAAGGAGAAGGCGUGCAAGGAGUUCCUGACCGUCUGCUCCCGCCUGGAUCCCUCAACGUCUCACACCAUACCCUUCGUGGGACUCACCUUCUACGAGCACCACAAGACGAUCCUCCAGAAUUCGCAGCGGCUCUUCUCGCAGGGGAAACUCACGACCCAGCAGCUGAAGAAGAGGAUGCUGCUCUCGAAGGCUUUGCUGAAGAAGGCCAUGGAGAUCUUCAAACACGAGGCAGAGGACACGCCUGAGGGGCAACUUUACAUUACCUGCGAGGAGGAGGUCAUCCAUAUCGGGAAGUGGAUGUUGGCUGUUGGGCUCAUAUAAGGAGUUUUCUAAACCGAAUGAAGGAAAAGGAAUUGUGUGAGAGUUUUUAAUUGAAUCUAUUUGAACAAAAAAUGUACAUUGGCAAACCAAGAACACUGGUAAUAACAAAAGCUUAGACACUAUCUUCUUGCAUGGAAUGGAGUGGAAACUUAGGCAUAUGUAUAUCAUAUCUAAAAUGUUAUUUUACUAUCAGAUUAGUUUUCACAAGUUUACAUCAAGAUUGCCAAAUUGAAUAUGAUAGCCUGCAUGUGUUUAACGCAAUGAAAUGAGAAAUUAAGUAAUUGAAUUGGAUAAGCACUAGAAUAUGAUGGUAAUACUAAAACACGAUAAAGAAUAAUUUAGGACAGUCUUAUGGUCAAUUUGAAGUUUAGGUAUUCAAAGUUAAGUAUAAAAGUGACAGGAGUAGUUGCAACAUCACGGAACUUUGGAAAAAUGAAGAAAAUGCGAAUUUACGCCUUGAUUUGAACAUAUCAUGAAUUUAUUGAAUAUAAAAGAUAAAUCUAAUUUAUUUGAUAUAAAAGAUUAAACAUUUUAAUUCCAAGACAUUCUGUAAUUGUGAAAUAAUGAGUUAAAGUAGAUUUUUUCAAAAUGUAGCAACUAUUUGUAACCUUGCUCGAUAGAAAUGAAUUAUUUUUGUCAUCAUUAGGGUUAUAUUUAUUAAAGGCCAAGUAGAAAUUACAA